GUUUCUUUGUUUGCCUGUGCAGAUUAGUUCCAUUUGACUGCUCAAGAAAUUAUCGGAGGACCCAGAAUGUCAUACGGAUCCAUUGACGCAGGCUCUUUUGGAAGCAGAAAUCCAUUUGGUGGGCCCACAAGGCAGGGAUACCAGCCAGUAGCUACACAAGUCAGCCCCUCAGAGCUUCAAGAUGUGUUCCAGGAAACCUCCUCUAACAUCUUUCAGAUCAAUGCUAACGUGGUAACACUAGAGAAAAAUCUUCAAUCGUUGGGAACAUCCAGAGAUACAGCAGAGCUACGGCAGAGUUUACAUUCCACACAGCAGCAAACCAAUAAAGUCAUAACGAGCACAAGCCAGCUUGUUAAACAACUCACUGACAUCAUCAGCGGAUCUUCACGGCAAGACAGGCUCCGUCUGACGAGACUCAAAACAGAGCUAUCAGAUUCUGUGCAGCGAUAUGGAGACCUGCAGAAGAAAAUUGCAGAUCGUUCGAGGGCCUUGCUUCCUUCUGCACAAAAGGACAGGAAACAGAGCCUACAGACUCCAUUCAGUGAACUGGUCGAAGAGGGGCCGUUGUUCGGAGCGGAGGAGGGCGUUGAGGGUGAUUCCCAAGCAUUCCUGUCAGAGAUCAGUGAGGAAGACGUGGAGAUCCUGAGGCAAAGAGAAGAAGCACUGCUGCAGAUCGAGAGAGACAUGCUGGACGUUAAUCAGAUUAUGAAGGACUUGGCCAGCAUGGUGCAUGAACAAGGAGACACCAUAGACAGCAUUGAAGACUACAUUCAGACCACUUCAUCACACGUGGACUCAGCCAAUCAGGAGCUUGCAAAAGCCAGCCAUUAUCAGAGGCAGCUAAGGAGGAGGAAGUGUUAUCUGCUAAUCGCCGGAGUGCUGCUUCUUACUUUGCUUAUCAUCAUUAUUGCAGUUUCAGCCAGAAAAUGAGAGCAAGACCACUGAGAUCUCGGUUUCCACUCCAAUUUCCCGGCAAAACAAGAGUCUGUAGUCCACCUGCGCUCACUUUCUCUCCUCUUAUUUAUAUCUGUAUUUCUGUCGGAUUGUGUGUUUUUUUUUUCUGUGUAUGCCUGUACUUAAAUGUGAGUGUGUGUGAGUGUUCAUUAAAAGAGUCUAUUUUUAAUGAUUUUUAAUCAGAGCUUUGUACUGUAAUGUGCAUUUAAUUGCUCCUUACCUCUUCAAAGUGGACUCGAAUCAAAGAACAAAAUCCAAAUAGACUAAAUGUUGCUGUGGGCUUCUAUGCCAACGUUAAAAUCUCUUUUCUGUCAUUUAUCGCUGAUUCUUGAGUACUGAGACACAACUGGCUGUGCUUUUGCUCGCCUAUAAUUCAAUUUGGGU